AUGGAUGAAACCUUUGCAGCAGAUGGGAAUGAAAACUCCAUUAAGCGAAGAAAUCACGCAGGGCCAUUACCGAGGGUCAUUUAUGACCUGUUUCUAAAUUGCAUUCGGCUGCGCUGCGCAGCCACCCUCCCUAAGUGGAUCCCGAGCGGACCCGAAUUGAAAGCGGCGGGCUUUCCAAAACCCAAAGGAGGCAUAACAAGACGUGAAAGAUUCAAGAACUGGGCCGAACGAAUGGAUGUAAGGUUCGAUGCUGAAGCGAACUGUGACGUACUUGUUCACAAACGUACUGGGAAGAUAAUUGUUCCCUUAGAGGAAUUUGAGACAGUUGUUAAAAAGAUUCAUUCUCAAGGUCACCACGAUGUGAAGAAAACAUUUGCCCUGGUACGUACUCAAUACUCGCUAAUCGAAAUGUUACCAAACAUUAAAUAACUUAUAUAAGCACAUAUAUAACAAAUAUUCUCUCCAAACCUUAUUUUAGCUAAAUGUAUUUUUAUGCACAUAUGGAGUCUGGGGAAAAUUAGCUCCUCAGCCCCUAGAGUGAUUUGCCUGUCACGAGAUUUUAGCCUUAAUAAUUUAAGUGAUUCAGACAAUCUGACACUGAAUAGGACUUGUAAAUGCAUCUGUUGGGAAUGAGGCGUAGUGGCCACCUAAAUUUGUUCACAGCCUAACAGUGAAUGGCUCGACAUUACCUAAAGUGUGACUCAGAACCUCUGACCACAGAUUUCGGCCUCUUGGGCUAUUGACUCAGAGCCCAUUCAGGCUCAAGGAAUAAUUCUUAAAUUUCUGCAUAUUCACCCGGUACCCACUUUUGAGCCCAAUUACAAGGUCUCAAACUCGGGCACUGAAUUCAAGUGUGGGUACUUGAAAAAAGGGUGUGUUCACCUUAGUGUCCAGCAAGUACUGUUCUUGGGCACCAUUGCUUGGGCAAAAACACUGUGUCAAAUGCUUGAUAUUACUUCCCAAACAAAAUGAUUUUAAAAGGAGAGAUUAAGGAUGAAAAAGGAGCAGUUUUUCAUCUGAUUUCCGAACACUCAUUUAAACAUUAAUUUCCCUUGUAUUUUCUUUAUGAAUUAUUAUUGAGUUUGAGAACUCAUAUUGAAGGGUUCAUUUUUGUCAGAAUUAACAUAAGCACGUUUGGCCCGGCUAUGGUAGAUUUUUUCCUCCUUAAAAAUAGGUAGUUGCAACAAAGGUUUGGAUGUUUUGGUUUCAUAAUUAUAUGAAGCUUCAAGUUGUGGUAGGAAAAAGAUGUCUUUUGUUUUGUGUGUGUGUGUGUGUAAUAACACCAGCAGUCAAUAAGGCAGUAAACCUUUUAAUGUGAAACUAAGAAAACUGUGAACACCAGAAAUAUUUGUGGAAUGUUUUUGUGUUGCGAGGAAAAAGCCCAUCGGGCAUGAGAAACUAAACUGCAGGCAACAGUGGUAUUAGUUUGUGAUUGUGUGACUUUUUGGGUUUCCUGAUCGUUAUUGUGAUUGCAUGCAAUACAUUUCUCAUUUCUGAAAUACAGUCGAAUGUCUCGGUAUGGACACCUCUCUAUUAUGGAUAGUUUCCAAUGUCCUGACAAAAUUAUCAUAUAUUUUCUAUUAAAAAAACCUCCAUAAUACAGACUCUCUCUAACACAGACAACGGACACUAAAUCUCGGCCCCAGAGAGUAAAUUCACAUAAAAUUAACUUCUUUAUCACGGACACUGCGGUGAUCAGGUGAUGAUAGUUUGUCUACACAAGUUGUGUGAUUUCAAAAGCCCAACCGCUGUAUAUCAAACAACAAUUUGCAAAAGGUGUACAGAGCAUGCAGAGGAACAUGACUGACUUAUUUAAGGCUUUAAUAACUACAGAUAGCAUAAAGAUCCUUUCUAUAACAUUUUGUUCUCUAGUUACUGUUUACUGCACCUGCAAAAUAGUGAAAGGCACUUUCAGCAUUGUGCUUUAGGUUACAACUUUUUACAUGCAGCAUUGCACUGUAGCUCAUUUCGUUUUAAAACAGUGAUUUGUCUCCAACUGUACUUACUUUGUAGCUGAGAUGUACAAUGUUGUAUGCUACUGAAAGACAGUGUCUUUGUGCCGUGAAUUAAUAAAUAAUUUAUUAAUGCAGUUUAAAAACAAUUUUAGCCUACUGAGCACUUAAAACUGUAAGUAGAGUCAUAAAAGUGACGUCAUCAUAGUGACCUCUUUUAUACAGACCCCUCUCUAAUACGGACACUUUGCUCUGUCCCUUCAGCAUCCGUAUCAGAGAGGUUCGACUGUAUUUCAGUUUUUCUGAGUUAGACAGUAACUCCUUAGUUGAAUAGACUUACGUAUUACUUUCUGUACUUUUUCAUAACAAAAAUCAUGUACAUUUUCACAAGUCACCAUUUUCACAUAGACCAUAAUGCACCUUGUUUAACCCUCCCCCAAAUUUUGCAUAACGAUUGCCUUCAAUUUCUCUUGGGAUGACUGUAAUACCCAGGAAAAAUUGAAAGCAAUGGUUAUGCAAAAGUCUGGGGGCAGUCUAUUUGAAAAUGGUGAAGUGAAGCACUUACAAGGAGUAUUUCAAUAUUCUAGAUUCAACAAAAGUAUACUGUUGGACACAGGGACUUUGGAAUUGACAGAGACAUUGUUAGUAUCGUGGUAGAAACCUGUGCAGGUUGUUUGUUGAAGGGUAAACUUUUGGCCAGUAAUGGAAUGAAAAAUGGAGAUAGUCAUCUCGUUCACAAUGACAGACUACCACAUUACAUCUGGAUGGGAAAGUCUGAGGCUUUAUCUAUGGUUGCCCAUGUGCCAGACAGCAAGUGCAUGUGGUUUGACAAGUCUGGUAGGUAUUGUUUUAUCCUGGUCAUGUAAGUGAUCAUAAUAGAUUUGGGCAAAGCCAAAAGCAAAGCUCUCCUGGAAUCUUGUACACCUGAACCUAAAAUACAAUGAUGUGAUAUUGGUCAGCAGAUUAUGACAGCAGUCAAUUGAUCAUAACAUGGAUGUAUAAUAUCAAGCUGAACAUAGAUUUUAUAUGCUAUAGACUCCAAGCUAGUAAGCAUGACAUUACACAUCCAUUAACAGGAAGGGUUGGGCAUACAGACAUAUGGACCGACAAUUUUGUCAGAACCAAAAUUUCUUGGGUGUAGGUUGCAUAGAUAACCAAAUUUUAUUACCCAUGGUACUCCACUGAGCAUGCUUCGCACGCGCAACAGCUCCGCCACCUUGUACCGUAGGUGUACGGAGCUCUCAAAAAGAAGCAUCUAAGACGCCCUGCCAGGGUAAAUUCCGACAAGCGACAUGGCUCAUAAAGUAGCGACAGCGUGUAAAAUGAAAUCGUGACAAGAGACAACCUCCCUCAGCCAAAUUGCGACAGUGACGGCAAAGCCGACAUUAAGUGACAAGCAUUUAUAAACACCGACACAAGACGUUUUAAAAUUCAGACAGGCAACAUAAACCUGCCUACUGUUACCUUGUGAAAGGAGAGGAGAAAUUUUGAUAUGAAGUCAAGUGUCACGUAGGCUUUUUGCAGUGGACCUCUUCCAGGAAGCCUGUAGUCUAGCAGCGUGUAUGACUUAAUAGAGAGCAAAAGUAGUGGGAAUAAUUAUGAUCAUUCGGGUGAGUGUACAGGUAGUUCUAAAAAGGACUGUUGUUGACAAUGACUCGCAUUUCAACAUUGGUAGUCAUCUUCAGAGUGAGUUGUAUCACCAGUCACAUUCAGUCUUCAUAGGCGAUAACAUCGAGGUUUAACAGACAGAUAACCAAUAACGUUGUGGCAUAAUUGACCAAUCAGGUCAAUAAGCAGAGUUUUCAUCAAGUGAUGUGAUACAAGUCACUUUAAGUCCAAAGAUAACUACUGCAACAGGUUGUCAAAACAUCAGUCACUGUCAACAACAGUCCUAUUUAGGACUACAUGUAUGCUUGCUUACCCUGAUGCUUAUACUCCACCUACAGUGAACUUACAUUGUAUGAAGUAACUCCUGGGUACCAACCUUUCACAAUUUUAAGAAAGAGCAUUCAGAAUGAUGUUUUGUUGGUUUGUACGGGUGUUUGUUGUUGUUGUUGUUUAAUUCUCCAUACUCAUUUUUUUGUUUGUUUGUUUGUUUUUGUGGUCUUCAACAGUCCUUGCAAUUAACUUGGAUAUUAACACUAAACUCAAGGGUUUAGUCAAUGAGUUAAGAGGAGAAAUUGGAGCUACUUUGAAGGGGAGUAAAGAUGCAAAAGACAGGCUGUUAAGAAGUGAGUAUGUCUGCUUGACAAAGUAAAGUGUGUUGUUCUUUUAUAUAGACAAAUUACUGCCGAAGUAUUCCCCUCUAAACAGACUGACUGCCAGUUCCUAAAAUGCUCUCGUUUGAUUUAAUUUUAUCUACCCAUUUAGAUGCAUGAAAAAACAAUAGCCUUGACCAUUUCAAAAUAUUUCACUGUUUUGUUCAGAGACUCGGUUUUUAGAACCAGGUUUUGAGUUGCAUUUCACAAAACUAGAACAUCAUACCGCAGCUCAGCAGCUUUUAUUUACAUGCACAACUUGACUGUAUGCGGUCAAAAUUCAGAGUUUUUCUCUCGGGCCAAGUACAGUCAAACCCCCUUUAAUACGGACACUGAGGGGGCAUAGAAAGUGUCGCUAUUAACGGCGUGUCCGUAUUAAACGGGUUGAGUUCAGAGAAAAUGUAAGGGCUUUCUCUCUUCAGGGACAAAGUGAACUUUCCGUCAAUAAUGAGGUGUCCGUAUUUAGGUGGCUGAACACAGUUUUGCGGGCGGUCAGCGGUAACUUGCGUGACGGAGCGUGUUUUAAAUUACACAAAUAAACAUGGCGGAGAAAAAGCCAUGAUACACAGAAGACGAUUUCUCAAAAUCUACUCAUUAAAAUAUUGUGAUAGUUGGCAGUAUUUUUACUUUUAUCAUAUUUUAAAUAAUGAGAACUUUAAAAUGGAAGUUGAACAGACGAAUUUUGUGACAUACUUAAUAGUACCAUUAUAUUAUUGAUUAUCUAAAAUCCCGUCUGUUAAAAUUUGGUCAAAUAAGCUUCAAAUGGUAAUAACUAAUUAUAGUAAGGUGUGUGCAAGUUUAUAGGAAAAUCUAAUUAGCGAAUUUUAUGUAAACUAAGCAAAAGUGAAAUUUUAAAGUUGUAUUCAAUCAUUCAUUUUGCCAUCGAAACUACGAAAACGUCAAAUUUUAGCUGUCAAUCAAAAUUUUUCGUCAGUAUAUUUUUCACUUGCCAAGUUUCAGCUUGUGAGCUGCAACCUUUCUCUUGCCAUGAUUUGGCAAAUGACAUAUACUCACAAAAUGCCAAAACUGUGUCCAGCAACCUUAAGCGGUUGCCCGUAAACCGGGGUUCGACUGCGACUGUAUCCAAAUUCCCAUGCUUGAGGAGAGAGGUACAUGUAAUUGGAGGUCAUUAUAGUGAGGUAGCUGGCAUUAUAGAGAGGUUAAAACAAACCUGGAUUUAUCUGUAGCUACAAAAAAAAGGCCGGACGGCUAUGGAGAGGUGGCCGUCUGCAGAGAUUCGACUUCAAAGGAUAAUAAGUCCCGCUCGUGUUGUCCUUCAGCGGCAUUUUUAAAAAUUGAUAAUAUAAGGUAAUAAGCAUAGAAAGGUAGAAUAGGCAUCCCCGCGUUACUACAAAUAAACAGGCCCGUUUUUUGUUUGGGAAGUGGACGACAUAAUUUUCAUAAAAGUUAUUAACGAUUCUUUUCCUUUUCCCCAUAGAAAUAUCAGUUGCUCAGUUUAUCAUCAGAGAAAUGAGAAUUUCGUCCCGCGCUCGACUUCCGACAGAAAUACCUGAAUAUAACCAACAAUUUAUAGAUGAUAUGAAAUCUCUUCUGGAAAGCUACAAACAGGAUGGGAAAGAACAGCUUUUCAGUACGGACAUGGAACUCUUAACCGAAGCUUACAGAGGCGACGGAUAUACAGACUUGUUCAUUCAAAGUGUUGAAGCACUGAUCCGUUCGUUAACACCCAGAUAG